AUGCGCUUCUUGCUGCUGUUCAGCCGACAGGGAAAGCUGCGGCUGCAAAAAUGGUUUAAAACUUACACAGACAGAGAAAAGAAAAAGGUGAUCCGGGACAUGACGAUGCUAGUGUUGGCACGUCCACCACGUUCAUGCAACUUCCUCCAGUGGAGGGACCUCAAGAUUGUUUACAAGAGGUGCCAGUAGAGAUAAACUUUUCAUUUGAACUUGUUUUAUUCUUAAAUUUACACUUUUCUUCUUCAUGUUUUGCCACUAACUGCAGAAACCACCUUUAACUGUGCUUCAUGCACACAGAAACAGACACACCUAUUGUCAACAAAGGGUUAACAAGACCUGGAAAUAGUAAAGGAGGGGUUAAACACACAGAGCAUGGCCUAUAGCAUUGAUGGGACCCUGAUAGUCAUGGUGCAACACCACUCUUAUCAUCCUCCUGUUUUUUUCACCUCCUACAGCCACAAAGCUAACAUGUAGUAAAAAAACUGUAGUAAGGAGUGGGCGAAGAAGGCAGCAGUGCCACAUAACUAUUGUUGUUCAGUGCAAAUCUGACUUUAACCACGGAAAUAAGUGGAUUUUUUUUCAUGGAGCUAUUCUGUUAAAAGAGUCAGAAUAAGCAAGAAGAAAACACUGAGCAAAGGGAUAGACUUUUAAAGCAGGUUGAGUUUUGUACAGACAACAACCUCUUCUGCCUCUAGCUCUAGUCAAAACCUGCUUUUCUGAACAUCCUCAUAUCAUAGAAAUCAGCUCUCCAACCUUUACCCACUCUCUUCUUUUAUUGUAGGUAUGCCAGUCUGUAUUUCUGUGCUGGUCUGGAGGCUCAGGAUAAUGAGCUGCUGAGCCUUGAAGUGCUGCACAGAUAUGUGGAGUUGUUGGAUCGAUACUUUGGCAAUGUGAGUAAAGUUAAAUGUCACGGCCUCAGAUUGAAAAGACACUCAGUCUAAAUUUCAUCUGUGCCAUUAUUGAUUGGAGAACAGGCUUUCAAUACUCUGUCUGACUCGAGAUCUGCUGGGAGCAAAGUUAUUUAAGGCUGCAGAAGUUGAGUGUGCAGUAAGAAUAAGUCUUCAAGGCACGUUUUCAAUAGAGAAGUUAUAGUUGUUGAUGCAUACCAAGCAGUGGUGCAACAGACCGAGGGUGAUCUACAGGUUGUCAACAUGGUACACAACAGUAAGGUGCAGCUUUUGCAAUGCUGUCUGUUAUAACCUCAUACACUAAAAUAUCUUUUGAAUAUAGUGUUGUUUGCAACCACCACACCCUGUUUGAUAGGCAAGAGUUUGCAAGUCAAACGUGAUGAAACAGGUCCAGGAGAGGACAGCAUUCAGAUAAGUGAACAUCUAGAUACACUUAGUCUGUAAGCACACACAUGCAGGGCCCAGGAAUCAGGAACAUUUAUGCAUCACACUAAUCAGGAGUGACAAUCAGGUAAAAAAAAGUAACCUAGGUUGGGUUUAUGAAGGAGCAGUAUAAAAUGUAUAAUAAUUAUAACAUAUGUUUUGCCAAAUUGCAGUUGAUUUAGAUAUUUAGCUGCAAUCUCAUUUCUUUCCAACAUAGUUUAACGUCAAAUAUUACCUCAGGGAGUUUUAUGUUUGACUCUCUUUCAGUUUCCGCCUCAUCUCCCUUUAAAUUUUCUGCUUUAGUUGGCUGAUCUGUUUUAAAAAUAUGUAAAAAAAAGAAGUUUGUUUCGGUUCAGUCACUUUAUUUAAAUCAAACUAACUCUUCAGUUUCUUAAACUCAUGUGCCACAGUAUCUGUCAGUUUUUCCAAGUUAGUUUUAGUCAUCUGUUAAUGUAUUUGAGACAUCACAGAACCAAACCAUUAGAUUUGUGAUCAUUGCACCCCUUAUAGCGCAAUAAAUAACAAAAGAACUCGCCAAAAACACUGUUUUUGUUUUUGAACUGUCUCAAUCUUGGUAAGGAAAAAUCUGCACCUAAGUUUAACUUUUUGUGAGGGUAGUCUGACUGCAUUCAGACAGCUUUGUAGAAUCUGUCUGUGGUGAUGAAAUGAAGCCCACCUUAACAAAAGGCCUCUGCUGAGAUGAUCUAAUAAUGUCAGACACUGAACUACAUCUGUCUGGCAAUAGAAGCAGACAGAUCUCACUUUGAUUGUGUAACCCUUGCCCACAGGAGCUAAAUUACAGCUAUAACAGCCUGUUUCAAGGCUGCGACUCAAGGCCAUCAAGGUACACGCUUAAAAUAGUUUGUCCUUUCAUCUUUAAGACCCCAAAACAAGAAAACAAGAGCGCAUGUUCAAAAAACACCAGAAUACCCUUUAAAUGAACCCAGUAAUAAUGGUAAACAAUCAUUACCUCUCUCACAAAACGCAUGAGAACAAACUGUUUUGUGUGUCAUCUUCUGGUUCAAUAAUUACCCGUUUACGGCCUCAUGUGACACUUCAGCAGCACACUUCGACUCAGUGAGCUCAUUGUGAUUAGGUUAUAUUUGGAACAAUACUGCGACAGUCGAAGGUCAUUAAGUCUGACUUUGCACACACUCUGUGCACUUUCCUGUCUGGCUCCCCCUGGUGUUUGUAACCUGUCACUUCAACAUUUUUAUAAAUCUUAUUCACAAAAAGAAAAAAAGAAAUGAAGCUUCAGGGAUAAAAUCAAGCUCAUUGAUUUGGGGGAUGUAUUCCUUGUCUGACAGGAUGGUGUGUGUGUGUUGUGGCGCAGGUUUGUGAACUGGACAUCAUUUUCAACUUUGAGAAAGCGUACUUCAUCCUGGAUGAAUUCCUGAUGGGAGGAGAAGUCAUGGAAACGUCCAAAGCAGCUGUAGUUGUGUCCAUGGAGGAGGCCGACACUCUACAAGAGGUACUUUAAACCAACGUGACAGACCUGAAGACUCAGUGAGGUUCUCAUUCAAUGGAGACUGAAGAUAAAUGAAGGCAGGACUCAAGAUAUACUUCAGGAGGAAGAGCUAGUGCUCACUGUGGAUGAAGGGCUAAAAACAGACUCUUUAGUUAGAGGGGCUUGAGAACCAAUGUAGAGACUACUUGUAUCUGUCAUCUUGAAGGUUUGAGGAUACUGUCAGUAAUUCAAAUAUUAAAAAGCUCAGAUCAGAGCUGUUUUCUGGGUGUACGUGGAAACACUCUUAAACUUGCAUUAUUCGCUGACGGGGUUGAAAACCAUGUUAAAUUUGGCACAAAGGCGACGUGAUAGAACUGUGAAAUAGAUUCAUUAACAUGGAGGAUGACAAGUUAAAAACACACAGCUUUAAUUGGGAUGAGAAAAACACAUGUACCUGCAAAAAUAUUUGACAAGGCUGGUCUCUGAUGUCUCUCUUAAUGCAUGAUAAGCACAUUUAGAAAGCCUUUUAGAUGCAUCUGUAAAGCUUUAUAACAACUCUUAUUAGUGAUUAUAAGCAUUCAUCAUUUAAAAUGUUUACACCUUAAUUAAUCCCAUGAAAUAAGUGUUUUUGUGUCUGUGUUUUUGCAGACGAUGGAGGAGUACAUGAGCAAACCUGCAUACUGA